CUUCUUGAAUCCAUUCAAAAACCUAAUUCCGAUUAACCGUUGGAUUGAUUGCAAGAUUGCAACCCCCGUCAGUUCCUUUCCUAUCACCGGCGCGACUUGGUCUGAUGUACGGUUCGGAGAAACUUACGGACGACUCGGAGCGAACAGCUUUUAGAAGAGCAGAGAAGAAAUACAAGCUCUAUUACGAUAAUGCUUCCAAAAAGAAGAAGCAACCGAAACCAGUGGACCUAUCGGAGGUCCUCGAUUUCAGGACUAUUCUUGAAUGCCACAAACUAGAUGGGGAACUUCCUUCAGGUGUUAUCCUUCUUGAGGAAAAUUUCAUGUGUCCCGUGUUUUCUUUGGAAAAUCGCCCUGGAUUUUAUUUUCUUCCUGGACCAUUGACUGUGGAGGAACAAUGCACAUUGAUAAAGGAAAGCUUAAUUGAUUUCCCACAGCCCCCUAACAGAACAAACCACAAUGCUAUAUAUGGGCCUAUACAUGACUUAUUCCUUGCAGCAAAAGAAGGGAAAGUUCUGGUUGAAGACAAUUCUCCGAUAAGCUCAUCUAAAGCUAAGCCUCAUAAUAUCAAUGGAGUUGGUAAAGAGUGGAAGUUUUAUUCAGAAAAUGCGGAGUCCUUAAGAAGCUGUAAAUCAGUUUCUGCUUCCGCUUUAUUGAGGAAGUUGCGGUGGAGCACCCUUGGCCUACAAUUUGAUUGGUCCAAGCGAAACUAUGAUGUGUCUCUCCCUCAUAACAAGAUCCCCGAUGCACUCUCUGAGUUAGCCAAGCAAUUGGCAAAACCUGCAUUGCCUGUUGGUGUUGAAUUCCAGCCGGAAGCUGCAAUAGUGAACUACUUUGCAUUAGGUGACACGCUGGGUGGCCAUCUUGAUGACAUGGAAGCAGAUUGGAGUAAGCCAAUUGUCAGUUUAAGUUUGGGCUGCAAAGCUAUAUUUCUUCUGGGAGGAAAAUCUAGGGAUGAUCCUCCCCUGUCAAUGUUCCUUCGAAGUGGUGAUGUUGUACUCAUGGUUGGAGAAGCUAGAGAAUGCUUUCAUGGUGUUCCUCGGAUCUUCACAGACAAAGAAAAUGCUGAAAUUGACCAUCUUGAGGCUCAACUAUUGCAAGAAGAUGAUGUUUGUUUCUUGAAAUAUAUUCAAACUUCAAGAGUCAACGUCAAUAUCAGACAAGUUUUUUGAAAUGUAGUUUAUUUUGUCAUGAGUUCAUAAUACAGAAGGAAAAAAGAAUAUUAUCAUUUUCUAUAGAAGAUUAUGAUUCAGAUAUAUGAUGCUUAAAUUAUUACCUAUUGCUGAUUGAUUUUUGUCUUGGCAUAUAGCUGAACGCGCAUGUGACCGGUGAAUUGACCUUGCAGAAGCAAAUGUUUAGUGCUUGCUGCUAUUUGCAGUUUUGCACUUUCAAUAUUCUGUGUAUGACUUGAUGUGUUGCAGGCUUACUUCGGAUCUUCACGGACAGAAAAUGCAGAAAUUGAUCAUCUUGAGGCUCAACUAUUGCACGAAGAUGAUGCUUGUUUGUUUUCCCCGCGCACGUGUCUUCCUGACAAAAGCAAUCUUGUUUAAAUCAUGGCUAGUUUAAACGUGGAUAUGUCUUCUAGUGAGAACUCAAACUUUUGCUAGCCUAGUUGUGACGGACUAUUCUUGUCCACGAAAUUCAACUCCUGUUAGUAAAAUGAUGUUUGUUUCUUGAAAUAUAUUCUAACUUCAAUCAACAUCAAUAUCAGACAAGUUUUUUGAGA